AUGGAAAGCCAACGUUCGAAGUUAGCUCCAAGUAAAAGCACAGUAUACGUUUCAAAUAUUCCAUUUUCUCUUACGAACAACGAUCUUUUUAAGAUACUGGAGAAAUAUGGUAAGAUCGUCAAAGUAACUAUCGUUAAAGAUAAACAGAGUCGUAAGAGCAAGGGCGUCGCAUUUGUUCUCUUCCUUCACAUUGAAGAUGCUCGAAAAUGUGCCCAAACUCUAAACGGAUCUGAGUUACUUGGUAGGACAGUCAAGGCUUCAAUCGCCGUGGACAAUGGCAGAGCGACUGAGUUCAUUCGCCGAAGGGAAUACCCCGACAAAUCGCGUUGUUAUGAAUGCGGGGAGGCUGGCCAUUUAAGCUACGCGUGUCCUAGAAAUCAGCUUGGAGCUCGUCCACGUCCUGUUAAUAGUAAAAAGGCAGAAAAGAAAUCUCGUCGACCUCAACUCUCCUCUAACUCCAGGAAGAAAUUCAGUACCAUUGAAGGUAGAGAGGAGGCCACUUCAUUAGAUUCUGAUUCAGAAAUCGGUGUUACAGAUGACGUUGACUCUUGGAGUGCAGCAGUUAACUACAGUAGUGCCUUCAAUGUUCCAUCUACUGGCCUUUCUCCCCCACGUAAAUGCCGACGAAUACGGCCGGACUCGUAUUUCUCUGAUGAAGAGAGUUUCGAAGAUGAUUGA